CAACACAACUGUAUGUUCUUUGGAAGAGAAGUGUUUUACUAAGAUGCACAUCUUGGGCUUCCUUCUUGCCUUCAUCACUGCCAUCACCUUAUCCAAUGCCCAAUGUUACUUUGAACCAAAAAAAGAAAAGUCCAGGAAAGGCUGCCUUAAGGAUGGAAAGAUGUAUGCCAUUGAUGCGUCCUGGUAUACUAAGGAGUGCCUUCUGUGCCAUUGUACCCACAAACACAUAACCUGUUGCAAUGUGGCCAUCACCCCUGCUGUUUAUGACAAACUGCAUUGCAACAGCAUUUUUUAUUCUGAAACCUGCAGUUACAAGCUGGUUGAAAAGAUUAACCCUUUUAUGCACUGUGAUGCUGAGAGCUGGAUGGUUUAGUAACAAGUCCCUUCUCUUACUCAAGCACACGUCUUUUAUUUGCAACAUCUGCUUUACAAUUUGGGGCAUGACCAGAUAUGGAGCAAAUUAUUUCCUAAACCCAAGGAGAUGUUCUAAGCAGCGCUGGCUCAUUUAUCUGUUAAUGCAUCAAAAAAU